ACUAGCUAGGGUUUUCAUCCGUGACGAAGUGGUCUAUAUAAAAGGUCAGAACCGAAACCUUAACCUUAUUCGGCGACUAUGGCGGCGGCACCGGCAGGCGGCGGCCCUCGGGCAUUGUCCCAGCGGGAGCAGGACAUCCAGAUGAUGCUCGCCGCCGAUGUCCACCUCGGCACCAAGAACUGCGACUUCCAGGUGGAGCGCUACGUGUACAAGCGCCGCACUGAUGGUAUCUACAUUAUUAACCUUGGAAAGACCUGGGACAAGCUUCAGUUGGCCGCCAGGGUCAUCGUUGCCAUUGAGAAUCCGCAGGACAUUAUCGUGCAGUCUGCUAGGCCCUAUGGCCAGAGGGCUGUCCUCAAGUUUGCGCAGUACACUGGUGCCCAUGCCAUUGCUGGCAGGCACACUCCUGGUACAUUCACCAACCAGUUGCAAACCUCCUUCAGUGAGCCACGCCUUCUUAUCCUGACUGACCCGAGGACUGAUCAUCAGCCCAUUAAGGAGUCUGCGCUUGGAAACAUUCCCACCAUCGCCUUCUGUGAUACUGAUUCCCCUAUGCGCUAUGUUGAUAUCGGCAUUCCCGCCAAUAACAAGGGGAAACAGAGCAUUGGUUGUCUGUUCUGGCUGCUCGCCCGAAUGGUCCUCCAGAUGCGCGGUACAAUUCUUCCAGGACACAAGUGGGACAUCAUGGUAGAUCUUUUCUUCUACAGAGACCCAGAGGAAGCGAAGCAGCUGGAGGAAGAAGAGGCUCUGGUUGCACCUGACUAUGGCGCGGUUGCAGAAUACACUGCACCAGGCGCUGACAACUGGGGCGGUGAAUGGGGUGCUGGCGAAGCUGCAGCUCCAGCUGCUAGCAUUCCAGCUGCUGGCGCAGACUGGGCUGCUGCUCCAGCUCCUCCUGCUGACGGUGUCUGGGACGCAGCUGUGGCUCCACCUCCAGCAGCAGCCCCCGGAUGGGAACAAGGCGCGGCCCCCGUUGCGGCGUCGACCCCUACCUGGGAGUAAUUAAUAAAGAGUAAAUGAGCAUGGUGGAUGGUUUAUACUAGUCAUCAGCGGAGCUUGUUGGUAGGCACUUGCUGGAGUAGUUGCUUCGAACUUCUUUUUUUCGUGUUAGAUGAGGUAAAAAAACAAUUUUGUGUUAUUGACUCUGCUGUGAGCGAGUGAACCUUGCACAUUUUCGUUAUCUCAAAUGGAUAGAUCUGUUCUACGCUUGUUUUGUGAA